UGCCACAUGCCUUCCGUAUAAAGGGUACUGGAACAUCUUUCUGUCGAGGGGACACUGCGAGGCUCGCCCGAUUCCAUUACCAUGUGCAAACAUAUUCUCAAUGCGCAAGUCGCCAUCCGCUCCCCUUGCUGCAAGAAAUGGUUCGACUGCGCCCAGUGCCAUCAUGAGCAAGAGUCACACCCUCUCCUACAGACGCUCGAGAUGACGUUCGCCUGCAAGAAAUGCAAAAAGUGCUUCCGAAAGGACGCGAACGAAUUCGAAGACGCGGAUGAGUACUGCCCACACUGCGACAACCACUUCGUUAUCGAGGCCAAGACACCCACGCCUGCAAUCUCGAUUGAGGGCGAGGACGCGCGCGUGGACAACAGGAUGCUCAAAGACGACAGGAUGAAGCCGGCCAGAAAGAGGACGAUAUUUGACCCCGUGGAUGAGGCGGACAAGUUGGGAUAAGAUUGUUAUGGCUCCGUUAUAAUAGAUGUACAUGAUCACGAAGCGAUGACUGGCCGAUCUCUUUCGACGGCAUGCAAACAUGGCGAAUUAGAGCACAUGUUUCCACCAUACGGGCUCAUGAAGACGUUCCUCCUGGGGUCUGGUAAUACACUAGUCUCUGAAUGUACUCAAGUCUCCUCGCGUCAUUUCGCCCAUCCCUGUGCACCCUGUGGGAGACGUUGCGAACUCAAGACUCUAAU